UUUUACCGGGGGCUCUGCUUUCUUAGUGUGUGACUCGACCUGCAGAGGUAGCCAUCACACACACGCACACACACACACACACAUAUACAGUAAAGCCACAUAGUGCUGACUACUGGUGUGUCCCGGCACGGAAAUAUUCUCCAGCUUUUUCUCGUCUGUUUGGACAAUGUUUCCUGAAAAUGUGUGUGUGAGAUCACAGCAUGCAUUCGGUCCAUGCAGAGAUGUGGGACCCCCAGCCCCGGUCUAAUCAUGCCUCGCCCUUCUCCCCGCGGCCCCCCUCCAACGCUCGCCUCGCACACGUGAGCACAAACACCCCGGCCAAGAGGAUCACCUUCUACAAAAGCGGCGACAGCCAGUUCGGGGGCGUCAAGAUGGCCAUCCACAAGCGCAGCUUCAAAUGCUUCGACACCCUGCUGGACGACCUUUCCCAAAAGGUGCCGCUGCCAUUCGGCGUGCGGACUGUGACGACGCCCCGCGGCACCCACGCCAUCCAACACCUGGAGCAGCUGCAGGACGGCGGCUGCUACCUCUGCUCCGACCGGCGGCACGCUAAGCCGGUCAACAUGGAGCUGGCCAGCAAACGCCCGGGCAUCUGGUACCAUCACAGCAGGAGGCCCCAGGGGCUUGAGUCCUCAUCCGCAACCCCGCCCGGACAUUUGUCUUACAGGCAGCGGCGCAUCCUGCUGGUGAAGAACAGCGACCCGGGGGUUCGGAGGAGCGUGGCGCUGAGCAGGAGGUCCACCCGGAGCAUGGGGAUGUUUCUGGAUGCUGUGUCCGAGGUGAUGCAGUUUCACGUCCGCAAGGUUUACACUGCAGAGGGACGCAGGAUCGACAGCGUGCAGAGCCUCAUGACGUGUCCCGGUGUCUUGGUGUGUGUCGGACGGGAAGCCUUUAGCCCAAUGUUGGUAAACUUCAUCAGGAAGAGCUCAGAGGAAAAACUGCCCAGGGUGGGCAGCAGGUCCCCAGGUCUCGGACCCAGGACCCCUGGAAAUGGGGCCCGAUCUCCUGCCACUCAAGGAGUAAGAUCCCCUCCUCAUGGAGCUCAUUCGAGAGCCAGCGAGUACAGUGAAGUGCUUGAAAGCAAGAAAAAUGUUAACUUUGGUCUGAAAACCAAAAAAAGCAUCAUCCACCCUCGCUCAGAUUCCUCAAACCGCUCCGCCCCUUUCUCCCUGUCCUCAGAGAAGUCGUACAGCACCGGCCUCAGACCGUCCAUCAUGAACGACGACAUUGAGAAGCGUGUCGUGGUCAACAAAGACGGCAGCCUCUCCGUGGAGAUGAGGGUGCGUUUCCGCCUGCAAAAUGACGAGACUCUUCAGUGGUCCACACAAGUAAAGAAAUCCCCAUCUCUGACCAAUGAAUGCCAGGCCCCGCCCCACUAUCUGCAGCAGGGCCAAUCAGAGAGCUGCUCGGACCCCGACUCCUGCUCCUUUGACCCUGAGGGUGUGGAUUACUCCAACCAGCCUCGCGUUAUGGAGGGGAACGGCUGCCCCUGCUGCUACCACAGACCAGAGCAGCAGUACGACUUAUGGGAGAACCCGGCACACUGCCACAAACACCACCCGGUCCCUCCUCCCCCUGCAUCCAGACACACCGUCACCAGGCAUACGCGCUCCUCUAGCUCUUCCUCGUCCUGCAACUCCAGGCGGGUGGUGCGCUGUCGAGCAAAAGCCGGGGUAGGGUCGGAGCCGGGCAAAAUAGUCCAGGAAGAGAUGUUUGUGACAGAGCAGGUGGAGGUGGAGCAGGACGGAGAUACAUGUGUCGAGGUGUGCAGGGUGAGCCGAGGCUGCAGCCGCAGUGAAGUCAUCGCCAUCGACAGGAAGUCAGUGGAGGAGGAGGAGGAGGAGGAGGAGGAGGAGGAGGAGGUUAUGAUGGAAGAAGAGGAACGUCCAAUGUCUGCAAUCAGCAGCUCUUCACACGUCCUCCAGUCCCUGAAGGAGGACCAGGAUGAUGAACUGCCACCCAGCGUCUCACAAUGCUGCCAUAGCAUCGAACCGUCUCCAAUGCAUAAGGGCGAUGAGAAAGAGAGGGGGAGCAGAGCGGACUCCUCCUGUCACUGUGGAGCAGAGACUCCACAUCCAACAGCCGACGAUCGAGCCCUGAGCUCCAAGUCCGGACAGAGUAGAGCAUCUCACAGAUCCUGCGAAAACAAGAUCUCAGAGGCAGAGGAGGUUGCAGUAGAGGAGGCUGCAGAAGAGGAGGCUGCAGUAGAGGAGGCUGCAGAAGAGGAGGCUGCAGAGGAUGAGGCUGCAGUAGAGGAGACUGCAGUAGAGGAGACUGCAGUAGAGGAGGCUGCAGUAGAGGAGGCUGCAGAAGAUGAGGCUGCAGAAGAGGAGGCUGCAGAAGAGGAGGCUGCAGUAGAGGAGGCUGCAGAAGAUGAGGCUGCAGUAGAGGAAGCUGCAGAGGAUGAGGCUGCAGAAGAGGAGGCUGCAGAAGAGGAGGCUGCAGAGGAUGAGGCUGCAGAGGAUGAGGCUGAAGAAAUAAAGAGGGUCGUUAGCAGCUUGUCUCAGCCGUCAAAGGCAUCCAGUGUGUGCUCUAACUGCGGCGGCUGCAGACGCGGGGCGAACUCUGAGGCUAACAGUCGAGCGUCACAGAGGUCAGAUCGCUCGCGCAAAGCCUCUCCGAAGCCUCCCACGCCUCUCGUUACUACCGCCAGUGACGACGAAGGCUCGGAUUGUUCAGUCGGGUCGACGCAAUCCAACAGGAGCAACCUCACCGGCCGCUGCUCUGCGAUAUCACACAUCCUGGAGGAAAGAACACCCAGUAACAUGUCCAAUCCUGACGUUGAGGACGAAGGAGGCAGCGACAGUGAUGAAAAGCCAGGAGAGGAGGCAGAGGAAGAGAGGGCUGGUAGCUCCUUUUCAGAUAAAUCUGGGGCGUCCGUUAAGACAAUAACUAAAGCUGCUUCCCCGACUGGAAGUGCAGUUGUAGAGGAAGAGGACACAAACAAAAGAAGUCCCAGUGCCCUUUCUGCUAAAUCUGCUAAAUCGACUAAAUCAAAUGUGUCUGCAAAAUCCAGCGCAUCUCACAAGUCCAGCUGCAGUCACUGUGCUAGGCCAGCAUCUGCAGCAGCUCAGGAAGCUGAUGAAGCAGAAGAAAAUGGACAACAAGAAGGAGUCGAGGAGAGAGCAGCGAGUGCCGCUUCAGCUAAAUUCAAUCUUUCAGCGAAGUCUCACAAGUCCUCCAAAGCUCUAGAAACUGGGGGAGGGGAAGAAGAAAGGGCUGCAAGUAGAGUCUCUGCUAGAUCUAAUGUGUCCGUUAAGUCCUCAAAGUCGUGCAAAUCUAACGCUGAACCUCCGUGCACCAAGCAAAAGGGAGAUGAGUUGGUGGAAGAUGAACAGCAGAGGCCUGCAAGUGCAGUGUCUGCUAAAUCAGCCUCCUCUGUGAAGUCAAGAGUGGCUUCUCCUGCCGUUGCAGAAAGAGCAUCCAGCGGCAUGUCGGGGAAAUCAAACACUAAUGCAAAAUCCUCCAAAUCCCGGAAAUCUGCAGCAUCUCCAAUAAAUGAUGUACCUUCUAUUGAGACAAACGGAGCAGAGGAGCAAAAGGAAAAUCAAGAGCGGGCGGCAAGUGCUUUGUCUGUGAAAUCCAAAUCUUCCACAAGGUCCCGCACUUCUCACAAGUCCUGCAACAGUCUCAAACCGGUGUCAUCAACACCACUUGUUGACGGGGAAGGAGAUGAGACGAUAGAGAGAGCUCAAAGUGCUGCGUCUGCAAAAUCAGGGAAAUCUAAAGUUUCUACUUCAUCGCGUAAGUCUAAUCUUGACAAGCAACAGCUGCUGCCUGAACUAGAUGCUGGAGAGGCAAGAGGAUCCAGUGCCUUGUCUGUACACUCCACAAAAUCUGCAAAAUCUGGCAGGUGUAGCUGUGGAAAAGCUUCAGCACUUGACAAGGAAAGGAAAGAGGAAGAGGAGGAGAAUAAUGAAGCAAGAGAGGAGGAUUCUGAGCGGGCUGCAAGCGCCUUGUCCGACAAAAGUCAGAGGAAAGAUUCAGGAGACACCGAGCAACCACUGAGUCGAAACUCCUCUGUCUCUCUCGGGUUAGCAGAAGACCUAGAAACAGUCGACUCAGACAGUGGCAAGUCCAGUGUUUGCUCCCACGUAAACACGGAGAAGAAGGGCCGACAGAAGACAGCUACCCCCCAGGAAACAGGCUCCACUGUGUCUCACAAGAGUCGCAGAAGCCCUCACAAUUGCCCUGAAAUCCCUACUAUAAAUACACCGGGAGGGAGUGAGGUGAAGGAGGAAACAACAGAGAGAGGAACCAGUGCAAUGUCCGCUAAAAGCUCCGGGUCUCACAAGUCUUCUUCUCGCGUCAAAGCUCCGACCCCAACGAAAGAAGGAAAUGAGCUUGAAGUUGACAACAGGACAUCGUCUGCAAUGUCCUCAGCAAGUGUUAGAGGCAGGAGCAAAUCCUCUGCUAGUGCAAAAGCUAAAAAAGCAGAAGAUUCAGGCGCUAGAAAACAGGAGAAAGACACGGACAGCAAGGCGGGAAGUGUGGACUCUAAAAGUGGGAGCUGCCUGAAGCCUGAAUCGGCAGUUUCCACUCACUCAGGGUCCAAAACAAAAGCCUCAAAGCAGACUAAAGGAGAGGGUUCAGUGAAGAGUAGCGUGAAAUCUUCCAAGUCUCAAAAGAAAGGAGUGAAGUCCUCAAGCCCGAACCCCUCCCACAGCUCCACCCUGUCCCAGUCUCUGUCCGCCGCUGACCUGCUGAAGGAAACCAUGGCGCGUCCAGAGUAUAAAAACAGUGACAGGAGUCAGAGGAGAGAGGAGGCGCUGUCGCCCGCCUGUCUGCCCAAUGCCUCCCCCAACGAGGUGGUCAGCGACUGGCUACGGAGCCUGCCCAACAGCAUGAUGGGAGCCAAUGAGGAGGGGAUGGAAGAGAAGCCUGCAGAAGAAGAGGAGGUUCAUGUGGAAGAGGAGGGGAAAGUUGAGGCAGAGGAAAAAGAGGAAGAGGAAGCAGCGGAGGUUUCUGAUCCAGCUCCAGAGGAAGCAGUGGACGCCUCUCCUCAGGACCAACCUCUGCCCCAGAGCUGGAAGUCCUCAGCUGCAGUGAUGAAGGUCCUGCUGAGCUCCUCCAUGGGCCGAUGCAAGAGCAUGCCAGAGGUGUCUCCAGUUUACGGUCGUAAACUGAGCACAUCGGCCCGGGGGCUCCUGGACUGUUUGACCCAGCUCCAGCUCAUUGAUCCUGCAGUCGGCCAGCACAAGAACGGCAACCAGCGCUACGAGGACGUUAUGAUCAUCCUGCAGUCCCUCUGGCUCAACGAGCAGAACAAUGACUUAGUCAAAGAGCAGGUGUCUCCACCGAGGUCCUCGUCCGGGCUGGGACUGAGCAGCGGUUCUGCAGGAUCCGGGAAGGACAAUGGGAAUCAUGGUGGGGAUGAAACGAAGGAAGAGGAAACAAAAGAGGAGGAGGAGGAGGCGGCGGAGAAGGCUGUAGAAGAGGAGAAGGGGGAGGAAGUAAAUGUGGAGGCAGAACUAGAGGAAGAUGUACAUGUGGAGGUGGUCCUUCCAAAUAUGGAAAGCCCGAAAAAAACCACCAACGAUCCUUCGUCCAGCUCGGCAAAUGACAGCUCCAAAUCCCCCACCGACAACGAGCGAGACACGCUGGACGACUCCAGCUCGGCCACGCCCCCGACCGUCGUGAGAGCACCUUUGUCCAAAAGACAAUCCCAGGACCCCGAUCCGGUGUGGGUGAUGACGCUGUUGAAGAAGCUGGAGAAGCAGUUCAUGAAUCACUACAUCACAGCCAUGGCGGAGUUCAAAGUGCGCUGGGACCUGGACGACAGCCUCGUCCUGGACACCAUGAUCGGCGAGCUGAGGGACGAGGUGAGCAAACGCAUCCAGAGCAGCAUCCAGCGCGAACUGAAGAAGAUCCAGAGCCGGGCCGGACGCUCGCCCCGGCCUCCGCAGAGAGGGAAUCUCUCCCGGGAGUCCACCAUGACGGACAGGAGGCGUAAAAUACUGAGGGUCAUGAAGAACCAGCCAAAAACGGUCGAUUCCGACGGAGAGUUGACGGGCGAGUUCAGCGACCAGCGCAGCGAGGACGAGUAUUGCCCCUGUGAUGCGUGCGUCCGCAAGAAACUGGCCGCCCGGCCUGUCAGAGAAAACCCGAUCCCGAGCGCCGAUCUUCCGAUGUCGAGGGAGUUUGAUCUCCUCAAGAUACUCCAGCUGAAGAAAAGCCCGUUGCCCGUUCUCCAAGUUGCACCUAAGGUAGAGGAGGAGGAAAGUGAGGCUGCAGCAGAGGAGGGGAGGAACCUAGAGGUAGUGCAGGAGGAAGAGGAGGACCAGGACACUAAAGAGGAUAUCAAAGCUAAGAUUGUUUUAGAGGAGACGAUCCCAGAGGAAGAUGAGGAAGAAGAAGAGGAGGAAGGUGGUGAGGAAGCCGGGGAAGAAAAUGGAGAGGAGGCUGAAUGCCAGUGUGCUACAAUUAAGGAGGAGAGUGAAGAAGCAGAAGAGGGAGAGGAAGACAACACAGGUGAGGAAGAAGAAAGAGCAGUAGAGGAAGAGGGGGAGAAAGUAGAGGAGGAAGAGGAGACAGGAAGUGGGAAAGAGGAGGAGGAAGUGAAGGAGGAAACAACAGGCGAGGAUGAAGAAGCACCUGGAGAAACAGAGGAGGAUAAAGCUGCAAAAAAUGAAGAGGAGGAAGAUGCCGGAGAGGGGGAGGCAAAUGACGAAGAGGAGGGAGGCGAGCAGGGAGAGGAGGACAGAGCUUCAUCACAGUGCCAGGAGGUGACCGAGGGAGAAGACACGGAGGAGAAACAUGACGGAGAUGCAGGCGAAGAGGAGGAGGAGGUGAAGAAAAGAUCCGAUGUAGCCCUCCUCCAUCAGUUCACUAGAUCCUCUGUGGAGUCGCAGCCCGGCUCCCUGGAGGACAUCGACACAGAUUCCCCCCCGAUCCCUGUAGACUCCAUAGAAGUGCCCAAAAUGGCCGGGGGCGGCACGGGCCAGAGGAGGAGCCGCUCGCCGGGACGAGUCAAAUGCCGCAAACCCAAAGACAACGAACCGGACGAUCAAUAACUAAAAAACCCCCAUAAACCCCUUCGCUCUAUCGGUGAUGGAGAUGUUGCGACCAAAAAUACAAAGAACUCAAACACUUGAAGCACUUUAUCACUCCAGAUCCGCGAUUCAUCCACUAUUUUAGUAUAUUUUAUAAGUUAAAUAUAAGGGAAAUGUCUGUACUUUGUAUUGUAUGUGUACUAAUAAUAACACUUGACUCCUAUGGGUGUAUAAUGUGAACUCAGUGGAUCACAGGUUGAAUGAUUUAUUGAAUCAUAGCCAUUUAUAUAACAAGUACCUCAUUAGACGUCACCUGUUUCACUUUAAUCCUUUGUCUCAUUAUGUUCUCAGGGGUUUGGAAAGUUACUUCCUAGAUGUUAUUUAAGUACCUGCUUGAUGUAAUCUGAUUACCUUAAAGGAAUAGUUUGACAUUUUGAGAAAAUGUUUGCUAAAUAUGGAGCUAAAGCUAGCCUAGCUUAGCUUAGCACAAAGACUUGAAGCAGGGGGAAAAGCUAGCCUCAGCUAAUUUAAAAAGGUACUUUUUAAUUGACUCCUAAAUUGACAGAUUAUAUUCCACAUUGCUGUCUUUAUUUAAGUAUAUUAAUUGAAUUAUAUUUGAGUUAUUUAACCUUUGUGUACUCUGUACCUCAUUAUAUUAAUGUAGUCCAAACACUGUCAUCAUUUACUGUACAGACAGAAGCUCUAGUCAUACACCGAGCAUAUCUGAUGUCUGAAUAUCAGGUCGAUGUGAACCUUCCUCUGAUGCUUAAACACAAGAGCUUGUCUUUGGUGUGUGUGUGUUACAUGCUGUGUAUUCAGGAGGGGUUUGCAUAGUGAGCCGUGUCGAACAACUGCGUGAAGCAUGUUACUGAUGCCUUACUGUAUCCAUGGUUAUAUGAAGGUAGAGCGACAGACACAGAUGGGGGGGGUGGGAUCAGGAUGAAGUGUCUGCCUGACAUCUUGAGCCUGAUUAGGAGGCCGGAUUGAAUCAAAUCCGCUCUUUAAAAAGCAGAAAAUUGUAUUUUUAAAAGACUCGCAAAGAGUAUUUGCUCUUGUUUAACCCAGACAUACUCUGUGUGUGUGUGUGUGUGUGUGUGUGUGUGUGUGUGUGUGUGUGUGUGUG